CACACAUUAUAUUGACUUACAAUGUUUAAAAUUUAAAUCCCGAUUAGUCCUCAAAUAAGCAUUAUUUAACAAAUAGUUGUGCUGGAGCUAGGAGCCAGAAAGGUCUACUGGCGAAGGCUUUAGGAUGGAAGAAUUCAACGUUUUUACAGAGGCUCACACUUGUAAAGAUACACUUAAAGCUUUUAGGGAAUUGAGUACAAAACUUGGAUUAGACGAUACACCUCAUGAACAGUUUUUUGACAAAUUAAGAUCAGGAUUUUCCAACUGGAAGAUUAAACGAUUUUUAGAUCAACUGCAGAAAAAGUUUGCCCCGAAAACACAAAAUAGCGAUGCUACAAAAGUACUAGUUGUUGGUGCAGGGCCAUGUGGACUACGGAUAGCUAUUGAGACUGCCUUUAUGGGAUGCAAAGUUGUCGUGAUAGAUAAACGGGAGGCUUUCACAAGAAACAACGUACUCCAUCUCUGGCCAUUUACAGUUACUGAUUUGAAGAACAUAGGCAUAAAACAUUUCUUCGGAAAAUUUUGCCAAGGGGAGUUAAAUCAUAUAAGUAUUCGUCGCCUUCAGAUUUGUCUUAUGAAAAUAGCGUUGGUGCUAGGCGUAGAGGUUUAUACCAGCGUUGAGUUUGAUGGUUUGCAGUGUCCACAGAAAAAUGGUGGAUCAGGAUGGAAAGCCGUUUGUAAGCCACAAAAUCAAAAGGUUGCUGAUUUUGAAUUUGAUGUUUUGGUUGCCGCAACUGGAGCUCGUGAUGCUCUGUGUGAAUACAAACUUCGAUUUGAAAAUGGAACAGUCAUUAAACAAGGUUUUGAACGAAAGGAAUUUCGAGGACAACUCUCCAUUGCAAUUACUGCUAACUUCGUGAAUUCAAACACUGCUGCUGACAUGAAGGCAAAAGAAAUUGGAGGAGUUGCUCGUCAUUUUAACCAAUCAUUAUUUAGUAAUUUGGAGACUAAGAAAGGAAUCAGGCUGGAAAAUAUGGUUUACUUUAAAGAUGAGACGCACUAUUUUGUUAUGACACCAACAAAGGCAAGCUUAGUCCGUAGGGGUGUUUUCAAAGCAGAUUUGUCUGAUGCUUCAAAAUUAUUAGAAAGAAAAAACAUUGACGUGCAGCGAUUGCUAGCGUAUGCAAGAGAUGCUGCAAACUUUUGCACUGACAAUGCAAUGGUUAAUAUGUGCUUUGCAAAAAAUUCUCAUGGGAUGGAUGAUGUGGCCAUGUUGGACUUUUCAUCGAAAGUUGAAGCUGUAAAUGCAUCGCAUAUCAUUGAGAGGAAUGGUAAAAAACUGCUCAUUGGACUAAUUGGUGACAGUCUUUUAGAACCGUUUUGGCCACAAGGUACUGGGUGUGCACGUGGAUUUCUUGGAGCUUUAGAUACAGCUUGGAUGAUAGGGAAUUGGAAAAGUAUGAAAGAAAAACCUCUUGAUAUUAUAGCCCAGAGAGAGAGCGUUUACAAAGUCUUAUCUCAGACAACUCAGGACAACAUCAGCAAGAAGUUCAGUAAUUACACGGUUGAACCGAAAUCAAGAUAUUCAAUCAUUAAUUUGAAAGCAGUUACUACCGAAAAAGCAAAGGACUUUUAUGAUGACGUGCAAGAUGACUUUAGUGCAGACGCUGUUUCUCCGGUUAAGAAACCCAAACAAAGUGACGAAUCAGUGGAUUUACCUGAUUUACUGCUAUGGUGUCAGAAAGUGCUGGAAAAACACACACAGUUUAAAAUAAAAGAUCUGACAACUUCCUGGAGAAGUGGAUGUGAACUCGGUUGCUUGAUCCAUGUUUUUCGUCCUCAUAUAAUAAAAAUGGAAGAUUUGGACCGAACAAAUGCAUUGCGAACUAUGGAAAUAGUAGUAAACAUUGCAAAACGAGAAUUUGAGAUAUUUCCUGUAUUAGCGGUUUCAAAAAUGGUAAACUUUUCGUCUGAAAAUGAGGUAGAAAUGGCAUCGUAUCUGUCCCAGUUUUACCAGCUGUUUCAUGGAGAACCUAUUCCUGAGAUUACUUCCUCCGACAACAGCGUAUUGGGCGAUGAAAAGAGAGACAUCACAGAAACAAAUAUUGUAAAACCCAGAACAAGUAGAGUUCAGAUACAUGACGAAAAAGUAGAAACUGAUGAAAAUAUCAAUGAUAUUUGCUACCUCUGCAAGAAAGUGUUAUUCUUCCUGGAGAAACUUAGUGUUGAAAAUGUGUUUUGUCAUCGCCGGUGUCUGAAAUGUGAAAGAUGUAAUUGUGAAUUGAAUCUCGGAAAUUAUAGAACACAAAAAUCAUACAAAGGAAGAGUGAGGUUUUUCUGCAUUAAGCAUGCUGGUCCUAACGCAAAGUUUACACAGUCUAUCAGAAAACGUCCAACACUAGUAUUGAAAGCAAGGGAUGACCCUCAACCUUCAAAAGACGCACCUAAUGUUGCAAAUGCAGACAGAGUCAAACAUAUUUCAGCAGACAAACCAAGAAUUCCUGCCAGGCCAGACUUCUUAGCAAGAAGAGUUACCUCAGCAUCAAUGCGGAGGAUAGACUUCUACAAUAGCGGAGAUGAUGAAAAGGAGGUAGUAACAGAAGACAUUAUAUUUGAGCAUAAUUUUGGCGUAUCUGUUCGCGGUGGAUUAGGUGCGUUUACCCUAACGUUACCGGAAUCUGAUGAAAACGUAGAUGACUCGUCAAAUGAAGACAGUGACGACGAUAUUGAAGAACGACUUGAAGCUACUUUAGGACCAAACAUUGAUAAAAAUAUGACAGUUAAAGAUGCUUCAGAGUUCUGGCAAACCUUGAAAAGAGAUACAAAGCCACGCAGCUUUUCUAGACAUAAGCCGGAUAUAUCUGCUGAAAAAGAUUCAUCGCCAAUUCAUAGCAAAGCUAGAGUGACUCUACAACCAAAUGUUUCCACCAGAGAACAUUCAACAAUGCAAGACGAGCAAGAAGAGGAAAACGAUGAUUUAGAAAGUACAAUCUGUGCUGCACCAGAUGUAAUAACUAACUUGUCUGAUGUUAACCUACCCGAUGACAAGCAGCAUACAAAUAACAGAAAUUCAAGGGAAAAUAACGAAAUGUUUGAAAGAGCCCUUAAGGACUUGAAAAGGGAAUCUAGAGAGCUUGAAGAUAAAAGAUCAAAUUUUUCAGUAACUUGUUUCCAACCACAAAACAAAAACAUUGAUAAAGGCCCUGAAGCAAAUCAACCCGAAAAAGUCAUCGGACGUAACAGACCACAGUUAAAACGUUGUGACUCUGAUCCGACUGAAGAGAGGCAUGCUCAGCGUGUUCAACUUGCAGCAAGAAAGCUUGCUAUACAAAGGCAACAAAAUAAAAUAUUCAUGGCUCAGGAAAUAAAACGACAAUUAGAAGAAGCUGAUGUUGAGUUACGGGAUGUUGAACAACAAGGAGUGGAGAUAGAAACGAAACUCAAAGACAACACUGAAAUCUUGGAAGAGAAUAAACAAAGUUUACGGCGACAGCUGUGUUCAUUGUACACCCGGCGACAAAAACUACUUCAAUAUGAAGCCGAAUUACGAUCAGCCAGCGAACACUUUUUACCAAGUCAAGAAGGGGAAGCUGAGGAGACAUGUCCUUCUGAAUAUAUACCAAGAGUGGAAGAGGAAAACAGUUUUGAUGAAAUGUCUGUCGCUUUUGGUUCCGAAACUUUCAAUGAAACAAUAAAGGCCAGUGGCGUCAUACUUGAUGACAACAAGACGUAUGAGACACAAAAUGCAUCGGAAACAAAAUCUGACAAAUACACUAGUAGAAUAUCAGAUGCUGUACCGGACACAACAUUCUCAGACACAGUAAGGGCGGAAACAUACGGGUUGUUAGAAAUAAAAGAUGCUGGUAUAUUGUCAGAAAGGCCAUGUGAAACAACUACUGAAAAAACUAAUCAAGCGAAUGAUGUAUAUAAAGUAACAACGAACGUUGUCACUUUAAAAUUGUAUGUAAAAGUGGUUACGAGAACUCAUACUGGUGUAGAUUCGUCUUUAAAGAUGUCGGAAGAUGACAGUCGGUGCGAAGUUAGUGGUGGAGAUAUAUUUUCUGAUGAUAUUGAUAAACUUACAUUUGUUGAUGACAGAGCAAUAAUAAUAUAUUGGGAAUGUCCUUUCUGUACACUUCAUAAUGACGACGGAAGCAGUUUUUGCAGUGCCUGUUAUGCUUGGAAAUGCAACAAGUGCACUCAUGUUAACGACAGGAGAAGGAAGGAAUGUGAAAUGUGCCACAACAGUAAACCACCACGUGAUCAUCAUUCACGUGAUCAUCGCCAUAAUAGUUCACGUGAAUCAUUUGCCUAGCCUGUCAAUGUUAUUUGACACUACUACAUGUUAGGUGACAUUAGAUGCGUUAAGAUGAAAUAAGUUCGAUUAUUUAUUUGACGAACAAUUUAUGGAAGAAAUAGGCGGUUGAACAUUCUCAUCUAAAUUUUCUUCUGUUUAGUUUCUUUAUGUUCAUUACAGUCGUUAUCAUCGAAAUUACUUCUAUCAAUUAUUACAUAAUUUUAGUUGUAUUGGGGAAAAUUUGAUGAAUUAGGUGACUUAACAAUAACUAAUAAUGAUGUUUGGAAUACUAACGCUUAAACUAAUUUCAUAACUUAAUUUCAUCGUAUGUUAAAUGUUUAAUGAUAGAGAAAUAUAUAUAUAUAUAUAAAUAAAUGUGUGUUCGUGUGGUUUAAUUAUGGUUUGGGAUAUUGUUCAAUUUAUGGAUUGAAGAAAAUUUAGACUGUUAUUAUAAUGCACAUUGUAAACGAGGUUAUUGUCGUUGCUUUUCUACUUCUUUUUUAUUAAUUGUUAAUUAUUAAUUUUUCCCAAACCUUCUAUUGAAUUUCCUGCAUUAAACUAACAUUUUAACAGUUAUGCCAUUAAAAUCUUAUAGAAUAAUGUGAGGCGAGAGUUUUCUUUCAUGUUGAAUGGUUCGCUGUGACUUUAAUAAAAGCGAUGUUUCAUUGCUUCCUGUUUUGUAAGUGCGUAUAGUAAUUAUGUGUCAUGGUUUUCUUACACCAUACCUUUUCUUUUCCAUUAUGUGUUAUAACUAUCUUAACCAAAGUAAUUUUGUGUCAACAGCGUUAUAAAAAUUAGUCUGAGCAUUUACAUGGAGUUAAUCUUUUAAUCAUGUUAGCAUUUUUAAAAUAAUAUAUAGAAAAUAGAAGAGUUGAGGUGCGAAAUUGAGAUAAUAUUGAUCAAAUGUUUGAUGAUGGCGUCAAUAAUGGAGAAAUAAUUUGAGUCGUUCUACUUCAUAACCUUGAUUGUAGAGUUUAUAAUGUUUUGAGUAUUCUUCCAUUAAACAAAUUUAAUUUC